AUGGAGGAGCAUGCCACUAGCUAUCCCGAUGGGGAAAUAGAAGACAAUUACAUUGCAUGCGAUUCUUCAGAAGAAAACCCCAUUACUCGAAAUUUCCAUUUAGCCCAUCACAGUCCAGAUGUGUCAUCCCAUCCCUCUACAAAUGUCAGACGUUUUACCGAUCGCUUCCAUCCUGUCACAACUCAUACGGGUGGACCACUUCUGGGUUUCGAACGUGAAGAAUAUGUCACCCAGAGAACUCCCACAGUGGCGGAAACUUAUUCAUGUUCUGAAUGUGGGAAACGUUUUGCCCAAAAAUGGCUCCUCCAGAGGCACCAAGCAACACACAGCAGCGAAAAGCCAUUUUCAUGUUCAGAAUGCGGUAAAUAUUUUAUACAGAAGUCGGAUGUGAUCAGACAUCAAAGAAUUCAUACAGGGGAGAAGCCAUAUUCGUGCUCUGAGUGUGGGAAGAGUUUCUCCUGGAAAUCCAAUCUCAUCACACAUGAAAAAGUUCAUACGGGGGAGAAGCCCUAUUCAUGUUUGCAGUGUGGGAGAUGCUUCCACCAGAGAGCCCACCUUGUUUCCCACGAGAGGAGUCACACGAGGUGUUUUAAGCAGAGGGUCCACCUUAUUUCACACGAAAGGAUUCAUACAGGAGAGAAGCCGUUUCCCUGUACAGAAUGCGGGAGAAGUUUUGCCGAAAGAUCGACUCUGGCCAAGCAUCAGAGGUCUCACACAGGGGAGAAGCCGUUUCCUUGUACCCAAUGUGGGAAACGGUUUUCCCAAAAAUCAAACCUCAUCACUCAUAAAAAAGUUCACACGAGGUCUUUUAGCGAAAGGUCCACUCUUAUUAGCCACGUGAGGACUCACACGUCAGAGAAGCCGUUUUCCUGCUCGGAAUGUGGAAAAUGCUUCACCCAGAGAGCCCAUCUGGUUUCACAUCAGUUGACGCACACCGGCGACAAGCAGUUUCCAUGCUCCGAAUGUGGGAAGCGUUUUCUACAGAAAUCGGAAGUUGCCAGGCAUCGGAAGACCCACACGGGGGAGAAACCGUAUUCCUGUUCCGAAUGCGGGAAAUGUUUUUCCCGGAGAUCGAAUCUCACCACGCACCGGAAAGUUCACACGGGGGAGAGGCCGUAUACUUGUUCGGAAUGUGGAAAGUGUUUUCGUGAAAGAACGAUCCUGGUUGGGCACAUGAGGACUCAUACACCUGGAAAACCGGUUUCCUGUUCUGAGUGCGGCAGAUGUUUUAAGCAGCAAGCGCAUCUGAAUUCCCAUCAGCUGGCUCACACUGGUGGUGAGCUUUUUUCUUGUCCCGAAUGCUUCAAGUGUUUUUCUUGGAAAAAACAACUCAUUGCGCAUCAGAAGAUUCACACGGGGGAGAAGCCAUAUUCAUGUUUAGAAGGUGGGAUGAGUUUUGUUGAUAGAUCAGAUCUUGCUAUCCAUAAGAGGAUACACACAGCCGAGAAGCCCUUGUUUUAG